CUCUGUCCCGUCCGCCCCGCUGGCCGCGGCAUGGCUCCGGUCCGCUUCUCCGCCAAUCUGUCCUGGCUGUUCCCCGAGCUCCCCGGGCUCCCCGCGCGACUGCAGGCCGCGGGCCGCGCGGGCUUCGAGGCCGCCGAGGUGGCCUGGCCGUACACCGAGGGGGCCCAGCCCCCACUGACGCCCGCUCUUUCCGCAGGAGACCGAGAGAAGGGGGACAUGGGGCUGGGGGCCGUCCCCGGGAGGCAGGCGGCCUUCCGCGAGGGGCUGGAGCAGGCCGUCCUGUACGCCAAGGCUCUGGGCUGCCCCAGGAUACACUUAAUGGCUGGCCGGGUACCCCAGGGGGCUGACCGAGGUGCAGUCAGGGGUGAGAUGGAGACAGUUUUUCUGGAGAACCUGAGGCAUGCAGCUGAUGUUUUGGCUCAGGAGAACCUCGUGGGACUGCUGGAGCCCAUUAACACCCGGAUCACUGACCCCCAAUACUUCCUGGACACGCCCCAGCAGGCGGCAGCCAUCUUACAGAAGGUGGGAAGACCCAAUCUCCAACUACAAAUGGACAUAUUCCACUGGCAGAUCAUGGAUGGAAACCUGACAGGAAAUAUCCGAGAGUUCCUGCCCAUUGUUGGGCAUGUGCAGGUGGCACAGGUCCCAGGUCGAGGUGAGCCAGACAGCCCUGGAGAGCUGUACUUCCCCUACCUGUUCCAGCUGCUGGAAGAUGAAGGCUACCAAGGUUUUGUGGGCUGCGAGUAUCAGCCUCAAGGAGACACAGUGGAGGGUCUAAGUUGGCUGCGUUCAUACUGGGAUAGGCGAGGCCAACCACAGACUGGCCAGUGAGGUCCUGCAAACUACCUGAAUACUUCUCUGGACAGUGAGUGAGCGUCUUAUCUCUUCCUCUGAAUUAAAGACAACCUGCUAAGCAUUUU